AAAUCGUUAAAGCCUUUAAUCGAUUUUUCUGCUUCGCUGCCUGCAAGAAUGUUUAUAUCAACUUAUCGUCGGUAUUUCACGAAACCUGCUUUACUGUAUUAAUAUUAAUAAUAUUGGACAUGUGAGGCCAUUUGAUGAUGACGGCACUGGAGAAGUGUUCUUCGAAUGUCAAAUUAAUUGGAUAUUGAAUAAGUUAGGUGUUAUGUGGACCUGCAUAACUUGACAGUAAUGCUAAUAAUAAUCCUGCUAUUAGCAUGGAAAUAUGCGUCAGUGUACAGUGACGACGCAAAAUGGCCUAAGGCCGCACAGGAUCCUAUCAUCUUUCUCAAAAAUCCUAUAGAAGCUGAAGUACCGAGCCAUUGGCUUCCACUUGGUAUUUUGAGACAAAUAAUGAUUCAACGUGCAGAAGAUAAUGGCAGCCGAACUUCAAAAAUUAGGGCUACAAAUACUAAAGUGCACUAUAGUGAUAGAGAGCGCUUAGAUAUAAUUGCACACAUAAUUCCUAGGACGUUGCCGUCUUACCAGAAGAAAAACGCCGAAACGACGACCACUCGAAAUAUUAAAAAUGAUUCUACUGUGAAUACUCGAAUUACAAAAAGGACUAAAACUAUUGUUGAAAACAGAGGAGUAUCUACUGUUAGAAGUCAAAUUAUUUUGCACCAUAAAAUUACUCACCAGCACCAUGAUAUUAUCCGUUCUAAACGUCCACGUACAAAUAUUACAAUUCCGACACAUGCAACCCGGUUUGCAUUAUUUACAAAUGCUAAGGUGAAAACUAGCAAUCUAAUUACUAUUCCCACGACCAUGUCGAUUUUUACAAAAACUAAAUCAAAUCUGCCAAUUAAUAAUAUUGGCUCCUCACCUGUUGUCACUUUCACUACGCCUUUCAUUGACCCUUCUAGAAACUCUACUAAUAACUUAUUGCAUACAACUGAAAUAAUUACCAAAACCACUACAAAAUAUACUGCUAAAAUAAAUAUUACACGUACUACCAAAGGUACUUCAAAACCCGUUAUCAACAGUCUUAACAAAACAUCCAAGUCAACUGCCACUUCUUCUAUAAAAAAUACUACUUAUCCCAUUACCAAUCAUUUUACUAAAGCUACGAAUAUACCCACUACAGCUGAAAUAAAUAUGAUUCACACUACUAAAGCUAAUAUUACAUCUGCUACUAAAGUAACUCCUACUAACAUUACCACUACUACAUCCAAAGCACCUACCAAUCCCGCUACCACUCAUAUUACUAUAACAGCUAUAACUAACACUAACCCUCCUACCACUACCAAAGCAACAACUACCAAACCUACAACUAAGACAACUGCCACUCCUACAACUUCAACGACUACCAAACCUACAACGAAGACAACUGCCGCUCAUACUACUACAACGACUACCAUACCUACAACUAAUACCACCAACACUCCCACCACUACCAAACCUACAACUACGACAACCGUCUCUCCUGCUACUACAACUACUACCAAACCUACAACUAAAACAUUUACCACUUCGAACAUUACUACUACUAACACACCUACAACUAAGACAAUUACCACUCCUAUCACUACAACUAAAACAACUGACACUACUACCACUACAACGACUACCAAACCUACAACUAAGACAACUGUCCCUCCUGCUACUACAACUAUUACCAAACCUACAACUAAGACAUUUACCACUCCUAUCACUACAACUACAACUAAGACAACUGCCACUCCUACCACUACAACCACUAUCAAACUUACAACUAAGAGAACCGUCACUCCUGCUACUACAACUACUACUAAACCUACAACUAAGACAUUUACCACUCCCAACACUACUACCACUAACACACCUACAACUAAGACAAUCACCACUCCUAUCACUAAAACUAAGACAAUUGCCACUCCUACCACUACAACUACUACCAAAACUACAACUAAGAAAACUGCAACUCCUGCUAUUACAACUACUACCAAACAUACAACUAAGGCAAUUACCACUCCCACAACUACUACUACUAACACACCUACAACUAAGACAAUCACAACUCCUAUUACUACAACGAAUACCAAACCUACAACUAAGACAACUGCCACUCCUACCACUACAAAGACUACCAAACGUACAACUAAGACAACUACCAUUCCUACCACUACCACGACUACCAAACCUACGACUAAGACAACGACCAUUCCUACUAGUAAAACUACUACCCAUCCCACUACCACUCCUACAACAACAGCUACCUUUACAAAAACGUAUCCUACAACAAAGAAGAAAUGGGUAAAGAAGCCUCGCCACCGGAGAUCUACCACCACUGAAAACAUUCCUUAUUAUUAGUAGAUAUUAUGAAUAGUACUUAGAUACCUGCUUCCUUGUACGCGUAGAAGUCGUUAAAUGAAAUGAAAUGAAAAUAGUAUUUUAUACAGUCGUGAAUUUAUCACUCAAGUACCUACCGUAGUAGCACAGUAUAAGGAAGGUGUCCUGGUAGUAGACCACACAGUGGUUUCUAUGAGUGAAGUAAAAUAAUACUUUUUCAACUAUAUUACUUAAACAAUUAAACAAAAUUAGGUAAGUAACUACUGAAAAAGAUUUUGGCUCGUUAAUCUCUUUUGUAGAACAAUUUGGUUUUGUCCUCUUGACCGCGGCGAGACACAAUUGGCCAGUUCAAUAUAAUUGACUAAAGUAAGUUAGAAUAAAUUUAAAAGUGGAAUAAUUUACUGUCUUGGGUGAGACUUGAAUUCACGACCGCUGGAUCGCUAGACCAGUAAGCUGCCAUCGAGCUACCAGGACCUCAUCCAAGGACAGCAAAUAUUUCCAUCAUAUGGGCAUUUAGGGAGGCACCCUGGCGACUCUUAGUUAUGCUUCUUAAACAAGUUAUAUUGUAAAUUCACCAGUUAUGAUGGGCUACCCCACCCCCAUACUAAAUUCCAUACAUUCGCUUCCAAUUGCGAUUUUGUAGGUCAAAUAUUGCGUUUGUGUAUAUAGUUGCUAUAACAAACGUGUCUUAAUAAAAUGUAAGGAAUAUAGUAUAUAUAGGAAUAGUACCAUUAUUUUAUGAAUGUAUAAAAAAUACUUACAUUUUGAAACUUUAUAUUGUAUUUUUUACUAUUCCAAUAUAUUAAUUAAGUUUCCAAUUGAUUGUGAUAAAUUGCUCAUUUUCUAUCUAUUUAACUAGAUUUAGUUCUAUAAUACAACAUGUGUCAACAACCGUACUCAACCAUUAAAGUCGACGAGUAGAUACUCGCGACCUGCAAAUUAGGACCAGCAUAAAGAUAACGAUUUGUUAGAACAUAUUUCUUAUUUGAAUUUCGAACGACCCAAUAACAAAGCAAUUUGAUAAAAAAUAAUCGGCUUUAUAGCCCUUAUCACAAGACGGACAGUUAGGUACUUAUAAUAUUUAACUAAGUUAUACCAAUCAUUAUUUAAGUACAUGCGUACAUGUAUUUUAAAGUAGAAAGACUGGCCCACUGCGCUAGAGCCGUGUAACAUAGUUUUUUUUUUAAAUAUAAUUGGUACUUAUUUUAUAAUAGUUAUGUAAGUUAUUUGUGGAAUAAAGCAUAAAGAUAUAAA